AUGCAGUUGGUAGUAGUGUUUGCUGUAGCGUGUGCGGUUGCGGUGUUUGGUGUGAAGGGGCAGGACGUUUGCGGGCCGCCCCAGCCCGGCGAAAAGCACGCCCAUCCCCCGGAGUGCUGCAAACUAGAGGGUGCUUUGCCAGAACCGAUGAAGGCAGCGGCGAUGAAGUGUCAGGACAAGUUUCCUCAUCCUCCACAUCCGCCACGUCCCGCUAGUCCUCCCACUGGGCCGCCUCCCACUCCGAGCCCGGAGAUGAAGAAACACCACGCUUGUAUGGCCGAGUGUGUCUUCACUGAGACCGGGAUGGUGAGCGGCGGCAAGAUUGACAAGGCAGCAGUCACCAAGAACUUCGGCUCCGGCUCCGUUCCCGGUAACCUCCAGCCGGUCGUCACCGCUGCGAUCGACAAAUGUUUCGCCUCUUACGAGAAGGACAUUGACACUAGCCUGGAGUGCAAGAGUGGAGCAGCUGAGCUGGAGAAGUGCGUCAUGAGGGAAGUGUUCCUCAACUGUCCUUCUGCCUCGUGGACCGAGUCUCCGGAGUGUUCGGCGCUGAAGACCAAGAUCACCAGCUGUCCCCAGCUGCCCAUCAUGAUGAUGGGGAAAGGUCCCCGGGGCCCUCAAGGUUAAGACUACCUCAUACUGCUAAGUAAUUUUUAAAGUUGUACCGGAUAAAUUUAUUUAAAUAUAGUUGAGAAUUUA